AUGCAGCCGCUGGGUGUAUCCCAGAAAGCCCGUUCCUGUGAUCGCAGGAUGUGGGCCACGUUAGCCAUUGGGAGUUUCCAAGAGCCAGACUUUUCGGCGGACCCUGAGUCCGAAGCUCCCUUCAUCGAGACACGGGGGCGAGUUUUCAAAUGCUGGGCCUGUGGAAGGGGCCUGGACGGAUCCUCGGAGGAGGUGAAGUGCAGCUUCUGCGGUGCCUUGAGCGACUUCCAGCGAAGGGACACGAAGCCGGCACUGCUGCGGAUGGUUUUCGCAGUUUCAGACCUCGUGUCUGUGCCGGUUGUUCGCCGAAUUUGGAGCUUCUUCAUGGUCGUCUUCGUCCUGGCCGCGAUCAAUAGCAUUGCUGUGCUGGGUGUGUUCUACAUCUACCCAGACUUUUUGGGUAGCGCCUCAAGGCUGAGCUUCUCCCUCCACUGGCUUUCCUGUGUCUGGCUCUGGGCAAACACCCUCCUGAACUAUGCGCAAUCCGUCCUGCGAGAUCCUGGCUUCGUCGCCGUGCAGCGCCUGGGCAACAUUGGCCCCGGUGCGCUGGAGGGCUACCGAUUUUGCAAGGCAUGUGGCAAAGGCAAGCCGCCUGGGAGCCAUCAUUGCAGAAUCUGCCGGCAGUGUGUCUAUGACAUGGAUCAUCACUGCCCUUUCAUUGGCAAUUGUGUGGGGAGGGGAAAUCGGCGGAGCUUUGUGGUGUUCCUGUUCUGGGCGACUGUCUCCGUGUCAUAUGUCCUGGCUGUCACAGCUACGUAUUGUUUGGACCACAUGGAUGACAUUGUACAGAACGUGAAUGACGUCAUCGCAAAGCUCCCGCCGCUCUCAGAGCGGACCCUGCCUUUCUACAUUACGAGACUCCUGGAGCACUCCUACGCAGGUGUGCAUCUACAUGCUGCCAGUGUCUUGCUUCUCCUCUGCUGCACCGUCUUCUCCAUGACGGGCUCCCUUCUCGCCAAGCAGAUUCGACUCCUCCGGUCUGGUGAGACGACUAUCAGCCGGCUCCGGCGUCGAAAGCGAGGAUCGGGCACCUCAACGAGCACCAAGACCAGCUGCGACAAAGUUUUCGGGAUUGGUCCAUGGUGGACUUGGAUCUUACCACAGCUCUACCCACAUCGGGCCGUGACAAAGACUGUCUAG